ACUGUUGUUUGCCUGGAUGAGUUUGAUUGCGUCCUCCAUCACCUGUUGUUAAAGGAAGUCGUUUCCCCGCCACUCAUCCUCGAAGUUUGAAACAUGGCCUCCAUUAAGGAGAGAGCUGCGGCGUUGAAUCUUGCAGAGAAACUACGUUCUCGUCCUCUAGUACAUGGGUUUGCCGUGAAACCAGUCCAGUGUCUUCAGUUGGCAAGCAGCCUCAUCUCCCAUCUCAGGUCCUCUUUGAAAGUGAAGCGUCGAAGAAUCUACCUGAAAUCCCACAAUGACUGCUUCCUGGGAACAGAGGCUGUGGAUGUUGUGGUAGAACACAUUACCAAUGAUAAGGCCUUUGAGGGUGCCACCGCAUCCCGGGACAAAGUGGUGAAUGUGUGCCAAGCUCUGCUGGACUGCAAUGUGUUUGAUGUAGUGGGAACUAAAGUUUUUGGCAAAGACAAGAAGCGGGCUGAGUUUCAAGACAGCAAGAGUGCUCUUUACAAGUUUGUAAAUGAAAAUGUGCCCACUGUGGAAGAUUUGGAGAAAGGUGUGCUUCUGAAGAGUAUUCAGGAACUCUUUUCUAGUUUUACCUCGGACAGGAAUGCUCAGCAGACUUAUUCCUCAGGGCCACAAUGCCUGAUGCCCACACCAGUGAAAUUCACCCAGAUGUCCACACAAGUUCCCCACUUAGACAGUACUGUCUGUUCCAGUCUACCACUCCAGACCAGCAUGGAUAAUCUGAAUAUUAGUCCCAACAGAGGGCAGACGCACACUGUUCUACCACAGUCAUUGGUAGACGAGGUGUGGCAGGAGCAAACCAUCCUCAGACUUUUAAACCUGGUGGAGCUCCCACUAUUGGAGGGGGUGCUUCAGUGCAGCCAGAUCUCUUCUUGCUCUGCUCCAUUUCAGUCAUUGACUCCCAAUAACCCUGACCUGAUCAGCAGCAGCAGCCACCUUGACAGACAGAUUCUAAGGGCUUUCAAGCACUCUCAGGCUGAUGAAUGGCUUUGUGCUGCCCUGGACUGUCUUGACUUCCUCCCUGAUCAACCAGUAGUACAGCUGAGUCGAGAGAUGCCUUUCUUAUUCCCUCAAGAGCAGCAGUGCACUGAGCAAGUUAAAGCUGAUGGAAAUAUCCCAGCUCAGUCCAAGUUGCUGUUGUAUGGGGCACUUGUGAGACACUACAGCAACACAGAUAGACCCCCGCUACUUCCUGAGCAAAUGACUGAUGUCUACACAGCAAUCACUGAGCUGAUAGUGAAUGCAAAAUUGGGCAGAGCACUUGAAGCUCUCCAGCUGUGCUUGAAGCUGCUGCCACCUAACUGCAGAGAGGAGCUGCGUCGGCUUCUUCAUUUCAUGACAGUGGCUGGUGAUGCACAAGGCAUAAUGCUGGAAAAGGAGCAGGAAAACCGACUUGUAGUGAAGACAUCUUUUUCCAGGGCUAUCCUUAACAGCAAGGCACUGUCAAAGGAGAGGGAGGAUCUGAUGCUAGUCUUCAUGCUCAGCAACAUAAAGGAAAUCUUUAAGAUACCUGGAACCCUGCACAAAGAAGUGAGUGCUAAACUGGCUGGCCUUGCUCACAGGGAAGAGCCCAAUGAUACUGGCUGUCUGGUUUCCAGCAGGACUUACACCGACUGUACAAAUAACACAACGAAUCAAGAACUUUGGACUUUGCUUCACAGCAUUCAUCUGGACACAAAGAUCUCACCCAAGGAGAGAAAGCGCCUACUUAGAUUGUUUUACCAAUCCCACCCAGAGAUAUUUAAUAAGUACUUUGGUGAAUCUGUUGUUAAUGUGCUGUAGUUUUCCGCUUCACUUUCUUGUGUUAUCAAGCUCUUCAGUCUAAGUGCGGCCUGGGGGAUCAUUUGUGACUUGCGGUUCGUUCAUUUUUGUGUUUUGUUUUUUAUUGGACCAUAGAAAUAAAAUUAAAGCUAAAAAAUUAGCAAAAUGAGAAAAACAGAGUAAGAGAGCGCAAUGGAAGAGAUAAGGCUGAAAUGAAAAGCUUUGUCGUGGCCGACCCGCAUUGUUUGGUUUUUCAACAAUGCAGCCCUCUGUGGAAAAAGUUUGGACACCCCUGUCCUAAAGAAACAAUCAUGAUGGUUAUGAAUAGAUUUGUGAAAUGUACCUGCAGUGUGUUUGUAAUUGCUUACAUGUAAAUGAUAGU